AUGGAGGAUUCUCAGAAUAGAGGAGAGUUAUCCCAUUCCCACGAGGUUGCAGAGAUCAGGACGAUGCCUAGAGAUAGUGCCGGCGAGGAGGAGGAGGAGGGAACAUUGCUGUCGUGGGACGCCAUUUUACCUGACGAACUCCUCCAAAAGGUGCUCUCCUUGUUGCCCAUCGCCAACAUCAUCAAAUUGAGCAUCGUGUGCAAACGGUGGUAUGAGGUGGUUCACUCCUACCCUCCGAUGUCGUGGGAGAUGAUGGCGCCACAGAAGCCAUUGUUCUUCAGAUCCUUCUUUAACGACUGUGCCUUCUCGGGCAUCAUGUAUGACCCUUGUCUCCUCCGGUGGUGCAACUUCGACUUCCCCCGCUUAGAAAAGGGCAUCUGGUGCACUUCCUCCUCCUGCGGCCUGGUCUGCUUGAUGAACCCUAAUGACGGAAGCCGCUUAUUGGUCGGCAAUCCCAUCAAGAGAGACUGGAAGCAGCUUCCUCAAGUCCCCGCCUGCUCUUCCCCCCACUUCAUCGCGCUUGCCUUGUCGUUCGACCGCCGCACGCGCGGCUACACCGUGGUCGUCGCCCAGUGCACCCACACCCAGCAAUUGCCAGGGAAGUCCAAGCAAUGGCACUCAUCAGUCCACAUGAAGUCCAAUCAAUGGCACUUAUCGGUCCACAUGUACCAAUCGAUGACGAAAUCAUGGGCCACUCCCUUCGCCCAAGACGUCGGCCUCUGGAUAGGCGGCUACGAGGCCGUCAUAUGCGACGGCGUGCUCUACUACUUCAUGAGACAUCAGGAUCUGUUCGCCUCGCACUUAAUGGCGUUCGACCUCAUGAAGCCGCCCUCUGGCAUUCAAUCUCUGCUUGAAGAAUCUAUUCCUACGCCAUACCCUUUUGUCUGUGCUGGGUUGAUCAACCUGUCAAACAAAUUGGUCAUGGUCGGCAUGAGCGACUUUUGCCCGCACGAGGGAGUGGUGAUUUUGGAACUCGAGGAUAGGACAUGGCGGGAAGUGGCUCAAAUGCCCAUCUCCAUGUUCAAGAAGUUUUUCUGCUGCUGCGGCGUCGGCGACUUCCUCUUCAUGCACUCAUCAAUGUGGCCGGCACUACUGACCUUCGACAUGAGGCAGAAGGUGUGGAAAUGGUCGAGUCACCCCUACCUUGAGCAGUUGGACAUCUACAAAGGACCGGAGUCCCUAUUUUACUGCGGCUUCUGCUUUGAACCGAGGCUCGAUGUCUCCUCUUGA